AGGGUAUUCCCCAACUUUUGACGUGGCGCAGCGUAUAUUUAGCGUGGAUGACACCGGGGCAUUUCCACAGUUUCGUUCUGGCGCAGUUUGUAUUCAGUCCGGACUGAGAUCGGUUAUAUUCAGCACCUGAGGAAGAGCGGUACGUCUUGCAAGAUAAAAUGUCUGACAUCUACUCCACGCUGUGGGCUCUCGACCAUACCCGCCUGGAGAGAGGGGUUGACUAUGACGUAAACCUAUGCGGUGACAAACUGUUCCCCUUUGUGAAACAACGCAAGUUGGAAAGUAUCCCAACUUAUGAAGCCUUUCUGAGGUUGCUGGACAACUAUACAGCUGACGUCAACCAACCAGAGCAUGUGACACAGAAGGAACAGAACGAGGCCAGGGCGUUCCUGAACCGUUGCCUGGAGACCGAGGUGAUGCAGGAGGCACAUUCCUUCUUGGCUGAUGAAGGAUGUGUGCCUGAAAGUAAAAAGGGGUUCAAGGACGUGUUAUACAAGAUGUGGUUCACACCCUACACCAGGACUCACAACGACAGGGCCCAGCGUUCAUCCUCGGCAUUUGAGCACACCUUUGUGGGAGAGACCCGCUGUGGUCACGUGAUCGGUUUCCACAACUGGCUCCGUCUCUACAGCGAGGAGCGCCAGGGAAACAUCCGACACAAGGGCUGCAGGUGCUGCGACUGCGACGACCGCAUCAUCCUCACCAUUGACUUCGACUGGAAGGGCAAGAGCAAGACCAGGGACAGUUUCUUCGUCGGCACGAGCCCGGAGUUUGAGUUGGCCUUGUACACCGUCUGUUUCCUGGCUGGGGACGGAGCGAAGACCGAGGUCGUCCUCGGGGGAGAGAGAGUCACAAUCGCCACUUAUAAACUGAACGGACAGAUCGGGUCUUGCUAUCCGAUCCUGCAGCAACAAGAUCAAUCUGACACGGAAUCUGAUACCGAGGAUGACAGCGCUGACAACCCAAUGCUUGCUGAAGGCCUGGACUUCUUGGAGUACCUUGAAGACCAGGACAUCGGUCCAGAGAUGGGGAAGAGAAGGCUGAAGGGGAUCUACGAGGACGACUACACGGAGUCGUGCGGGAGGAGGUCCGGCACGCCCUUCUCACAGGUCCUGCGUACUCUCAAGUGGAACGACAAGGUGGAGAUCUACAUCAACAACGAUGGGGUAGACAUCGUCAACAUCUUGGAGUAAAGCUAUAAAGACCAUAGAUUAGUGGUUUUGCUUUCCUCAAGUUUGUGUGGUUGGUACAGUCGUCUGAAAUCAAUAAGGUUGAUACUUCAUAGUAAUCUAAAUGGAAAUGGCACUAUUCUACUCAAUUGUCGUUGUAAAUAUAGGUGUAGAAUUUAUGCAAAUUUGGCGUAUUUAUUCUUGCUUUGGUGGACCGUGAAUAUGGGUACAAUCCGCAGAUAUCAUAGGGAGCAGUUCUAAGGUAAUCGGGUAGAUGUCGCUUUCGAGUAGCCCAAAUCUGACAGACUUCACAGGAUCGAUAUCAUGUUAUGAGUACGUACAAAGUGCGUGGGAAUUCAGCAGGUGAUGUUGGUUUUUGUGUAAGAGGAUGUGGAAUUAUGGAAUGGACCGUGGCCCGGUGUGAGUGAUUGUAAAUCACCUAUUGAUGAAAUGGACAAACAGUGGAAAAUAAGUCUAGAAAGAUACCGAUAUCAUGUUGGGCGAAUGUCCAACAAUAUCCACACAGGAAAAUAACACCUGCGUCAAUCCUUUAUAUCUUAUCAAAUCUGUUGUGCGUCAUCCCUGAGUAAAGUCUGUUAGUAUGUUUUACUUGUGUCAGGAUAUGUUACUGUUCUAUUUACCUACGCCAGGAACGUGUUAUUGUCGCUUUUCAACAAGAGUGAUGUAACGAUGACAAUAGCAAUCUGGGAAA